CUUGUGCUUUGCUUCUUAGUUUUACUUCCAAAUUCUCUUCCCAUAAUUCCCAUAUAUCUCCUAGUAUCCUUAUCUAACCCCCGCACUCCACCCCCCUCUUCUCUCUCUUCUCUUUUCUUUUUCUCUUUCCCCUUUCUCCCCCCCCCCCUUCUCUUUCCUCACUUGUCCUUUAUCUCUUCUUCAAGGUAUUCUCAGAUUCCCUCUCCCUUGUUUUCUUCUUCUUGUCCGCUAUUUAUUUGCGGAAUUGGGUGUUCUAGUUGCAACUUUCCUUUCACUUCCUGCCCCGGAAGAAAUUGAGGGUUUUCAUGGCGGAUUGCAACAGGGGAGACGGCUUCUUUCCUUCUUCCCAAGAUCACGAGGCAACAUCCGAGGUGAAGAAAUAUGGAGGACUUGCGCCAAAGAAGAAGCCUCUGAUUUCGAAGGAUAAUGAACGUGCCUUCUUUGAUUCAGCAGACUGGGCAUUAUGCAAGCAAGGUGCAGGAAUGAACCAAAAAUCAACAGUGGCCGUAGAGACAUUGCGCCCAAAGUUACAGAGAACGCCACACCAACGGCUCCCCCCUCGAAGACCUGCUUGUACUUCUGGCCGUGAUAGCCUCGUGGAGUAGAAUCCGGGCAAGGUCUCAACCGAGUGGUUAAAUGUGAUAGAAUGGCAGCCCCACACGUUGUACAUUCAUGACAUUGCACACAUUCCAUUUGGCUGAUUGAAUGCUUUGAACGUUGAGUUUCUGUUAAUAAAAUAAGUCUUCCAAUA